AUGGCGGUGAUUGCCUGCAUGCUCGCCAUCCGCGGCGCGCUCGGCCUAGCUGAGAUGGCCGAGGCUCGAGAUCGCAGUGGGACGGGACGGGACGUCCCUGUGUGCGGCCCGCCUAGGCGCAUCGCGCGUGACCAUGAUUCCGAGGCGCUUCAUCACAGCGAGUCUCACGGAGCUCCACCAGUAGUAGCGGCACAAUCAUCGGCAGCCGACGAUGAUGAUGAUGGCGUUGAAGGCCUUUCCGAUCGCCUCGCGCGCGACUUACGUCGGGCGACGACAGAGCAGCAGCGGCUCGACGCCAUUGCGUCGCUUCUCUUCGCCGCCAACGCGCUCUGGCGCGACUCCGACGCGCGCAGGCCGCAAAGGGCGUUCGGCUUCCGCGUCCUCCGCACCAUGCCGUCCGCCGCGGAGUCUCUGCAGAUGCGCGGUGAGGGUGUGUGA